GAACCAGGAAGACGGAACAAAAAAUAAAACCCAACUCCAUCUCCCUUGUCUCGACUGGUGCCCCACGCUCGUAGUUCUCCACUGUCCUGUGCCAGUCUGUCAGAUAGCAGGAAUCUCCUCAGUCAGAAGCCGACCGAGAUCGAGUAUAGACGCGUUUUAGUGGAGGUCCUUGCAUCGUUACCGGUUCGUUCUGUCGACUAGGGCGGAAACAUUCGACUGGUUUAUAUUUGUGUAUACAGUUGCGACGUCGAUUCCACAAGACUAGGACAAUACGUUUGAUCAAUUUUACCGGGACUCACAGAGUUCGAUACGGAACUGUAUUGUGUGCCUCGUCAACCGACCGGCGGUUUGGUCAAUGAAAUGACCAAAAUUCAAACACUCGUUUCGUCGUCUCUGUGAAAAGGUCCGGAGGUGAAAAAUUUUCCGGGUGUGUUUCCACCCUUUCGCUGCAGUCAGAAGAAAAUUGGGACCUCGAGAGUGAGAGUUUUACGUUCAAUUCCAGUGUUUUCACCGUUCCGAUGGCAGAGUUAGUUUCGAAUUUCCCGAGCACGAGAGUGACCAGGACUCUGUCGGAAUGACGAUAAGAAAAACAAAACAAUUAACAGAAAUUAAAUGUGAUGGAAUGCAAAAAAAUUCUACAACCUUUAACUUUUCGCAACUAGCAAGGACUCUCUCAGAAGACUGGGUAUCAUAUGUGUUAUAAUGAAUUUCGUGUUAUCCUUUUCCGUACAUCAAUUUUUCCUGAUUAGACUUGACUGUGCAUCUCGUAGUUUCCGGUUCGCUGCGCUCCGUGAGUGUGAAAAUCAAACCGAAUCUCAUUUUGGGUCGGAUCACCUUCGUUUUGGUCCAUUAGGUUAGUUCUGUGCUACUGCAUGCGGGGAAAAACGGAACAGGAAAAGCUGCAGUGUCCAUCCCACUGCAGACGGAUCAGAUGAAUGAAUGGUCGCACAUAAACAGCCCAGUCAAGUGGAAGUGAGUUUGGCUCGUGAAGAUUUAUGGAUGUUUACUUUAGCCACCGUCGUAGCAGGCGGAAAUGAAACUGUGUCAACUCAACAGAUUUUCGACAACACCGGCAAGCGACCAGCACCAGUUCGAGUGAAUGGUUUUCUCUCCGUUUCCGUGAUUGUAAAGGAUCAGAGAAUAGAGGGAUAAUAAAAACCGACCAGACAAGUGCAUUCUUUUCUUAUCGCGUGAGAAAAGUGGGUGGCCUUCGAGGAGGCAGUAUCCUAAAUCAACAGACUGAAGCGAACAUCCUCCCGGUAGAGUAACGAUCGAACACUCGGUCGGUUGGUCGACCAGGAAUUAAAUCACGAAGAUACAGAAGAGUGCUGAUAAACCGCUUACAAGUGGGAGUAAGUCCGGCAACAACCAAGCGGAAAAACAGGCGAAAUUUACUACAUUGCAUUCAGUGGUUUGAGGCAGUUUCCUGCGAGUCCGUUGGCUGCUGUUGAAAGUGGAAAAAGCCUUGGCUUGUGUAAAGUUUGUUGCAAGUUUUGUUUUCCUCUCUGUUUCGUUACUGCCCCUAUGUGAGAUUGAAAGUACGCAAAGAGUGCGAAAUAAAUGUGCACUGCUCCGUGCAGUGAAGUGCUACUUGCGGUAUGGCUUCACUUCCGCUGCAAGGUGGUUGCAUGUGGUUUCCGUUGCUAGAAUUUUUAGCCGAAAGGUAAACAAUGGAAAGGAUAAUUAAUGCAUUCAGAAGAGAUAACCGGAAAGUUUGCUGCUACUCGAGCAAAUGCGAAGCGGAUGCUGCGGAAGGAAGCGAUUUGUCACUCGGAGUUUUGAGAAUAUUCAGCGCAACGAACUACCAUUGCACGCCGUCAUCAAUUCUCCCGGUCGGAGUCUGAAUGCAAUGCCCAGUUGGUUGGUUACGGCUUAAUCGGUUGCGGAGGUAAAACAAGUGAUUGCUACAGUACCAGAGGACUGGAAUUCACUUCCGGAUCCGAAGACAGACACAAAAGCGCGCUCGAAAAAAACAGAUUACCUUAGACGGCUGGUUCCGGAAUGAAAAAUUAGAAUCAGAAAUAUCCGGGACCCGCUGUAACUUCAAUGCUAUCGGCGCCACUGCAUUUUUAUUCUUUGCCUACAACCAAAACGGGACGCUCUGAUUCAUGCUUUGUGAUUGAUCAUCAUCCAUCGAAGAAGCAGUCCGGUGUGGCAGACAGUAGUAGUUGUACCAGACAAGUUAUGAUGUGGAAUAACAUAAACCCCCAGACACGUACCAGUGCAGAAAGAGCUGCUACUGGGCAAUGGAAAUGCUGGCUGGAUGGUGUGGUGUUUGAUAAAAGUGUAGUUCUCUGUGUACGCCUUUGAGCGAUGUUUUUAAGCUCUUCAGUUGCGGAAUUAUAUCCAAUAAAUUUUCACGAGCUCGUAGCAUUUCGCAACACGCCGCACUGAAAUGAAAACGAAGGGAGAAAAGUGCAACAGAAGAAAUUAAUAAUAAAUUAUAUUUCCCGUAUUUACCACCCACCGUUUCCUCUCCAUCAACCUUAAUUUUGCGUUGUAGUCACGAGUCAGGACUGCUGUCUCAUGGCUUUUUUUCAUCUGUGCUCUAGCGAGUUGUAUUAAAGUGGAAAUUAUUAGCAAGAAAGUUAGAUUAGACCGGAAUACGCUGGUACCUUUCCUGCGGGGGUUGCGUCAUGAAAUAUGUGCGAAAUUUGUUGAAAAUUUGCAAGAGUUACACAGUGUGCAGUGGUGAAGAGAAGAAAAUUUUGCUCAAACCUACGAACAGCCGGUAAAAAAAAAGCAUGAAGCGUAGGGUUACGAUUGUGUAUCCUCCAGUGAGUGUGUCUCAUCGGUUCGGAUCCCGGUGGGAGACCACUGCAAACGGAUGUGGUAAGCACAGUUAUACCCCUACAUCAUCAGCCUCGUCGUCAUCGUCGUCAUCACCGUCGUCAUCGUCAUCGUCGUCGUCGUCGUCAACAUGUUCAUCAUACUGCUCCAUGUUGAGUGUCUCGGAUAAACAUACAUUCAUAGAAGAUGUUCUCAAUAACAACAACAACAGCAACAGCAGCCCCAGUACUGCCGGAUGGUGCAACGGCACAGCUGCCCAAAGUACAAACGGUAGCAAUCAGCAGGAUUCAGAAAAGUGCAAUUUUAACAAAAAUAGUUCUGGUCAUCUCCCCGGAUAUGGUGGCUUGUCCAGCUCGCCGUCUAGUGGCUGUGUUGCGAACGGUGGCACUCGAAUCGGCGGUGGAAGCAGCGGGAAAUACCGCACUGCUGCCAGCGUGGACGAGGGAACCGACGACUGGCGGAUGUAUUUCUUCGUCGGUCUGAUUGCCGUGCUGUGCUACCUAAACGGUGUCCAGGGUGACUUUGUGCACGACGACAUUCCGGCAAUUACGGUGAACAAGGACGUGCUCGGGCACAGCCCGAUCUCACAGGUGUUCCGGAACGACUUCUGGGGCACACCGAUGGCUGACCUCAGCAGCCAUAAAUCAUACCGACCGCUGACGACGCUGACGUUCCGAUUAAAUUAUAUAACGUUUGGCCUUCGCUCCUUCUGGUUUCAUGCAACGAAUGUGGUACUACAUGCAGUCGCCUGUGUCCUGUUCACCCGGGUCUGCACGACGAUCGCCGGACUGCGGAAGAAUUUUGCAGUAUUUGCUGGUGUCCUAUUCGCCGUUCAUCCGAUCCACACCGAAGCGGUGACUGGCAUAGUCGGGCGAGCGGACAUGUUGGCGUGUAUUUUUUUCCUAAUCUCUCUCCUGGCGUAUCAUGGGCACGGUGACGAACCGGACAGCAAUUCCAUCUGGAUGAGCAUAGUCCUCGGCGGGCUCAGCAUGCUGGCCAAGGAAACCGGUAUUACGGUAUUUCUACUCAAUGCUGCCUACGAUGUGUAUCGCAAUUGGUCGUCACUGAAAAAGACCAUCCUGGAUGUGAGGUGGAGCGAGGAGACUCAUCAACUCGGUCGCCGAAUUUCGCGGGUUCUGUUCUCUAUGGGAUUCCUGUUGGCCGUCCGGUUGGCGCUGCUGCAAGGGUCACUGCCAAAAUUUUCGCAGCAGGAUAACCCGACAGCAUUUCAUCCUAAUCUGUACGUCAGAUUGCUGACGUUCUGCUACCUGGCUGCGUUCAAUUGGUGGCUCCUGCUGUGUCCGUCGACGCUCAGCCACGACUGGCAGAUGGGAUCGAUACCAUUAGUCACAUCAAUAAGUGAUCCACGAAAUAUACUCACGUUUAUUGCGUUUUUUACCGCCCUUCUGCUCGUCUACCGGGGAAUACUGGAUUUCGAGCAUCAACGUCACGUACCGGUCGUAUUAGGUUUUCUGUUAUUAGUUCUACCGUUCCUGCCGGCCGCAAAUUUGGUCGUAACCGUGGGUUUUGUCGUUGCCGAACGGGUUCUCUACAUUCCAAGUAUGGGCAGCGUUAUUCUGGUCGGUUAUGGUGCACAGCAGCUGUGGGAACAUCGACCAAACUUUCGAAAGCCAAUACUCGCACUGGGCAUUAUACUGAUUGCCUCCUGUUGUUUAAAAACCAUUUCAAGGAACCUUGAUUGGAGCUCACGAGAAGCCCUGCUGAGGUCGGGACUGAAAACUUUACCGCACAACGCCAAAAUGCACUACAACUUCGGUAACUUUUUGCGAGAUUCAUCGCAACCGGAUCAAGCGAUUGUGCACUACCAGGAAGCGUUGCGUUUAUGGCCAUCCUACGCCAGUGCCCACAAUAACAUCGGCACGUUGAUGAGUGAAUUCGAAACGGCCGAAUAUCACUUCCUAGAGGCAAUCAAAUAUUCGUCCGAGCACAUCAACGCACACUACAACCUUGGUCAGCUCUAUCGGAAAGCAAACCGAACAACGGACGCGAUCCGGAUGCUGGAACGGUGCAUCAAAGUGGAACCACUAUUCACGGCGGCUUAUCUGGAAUUAGUGAAGUUAUACAGCGGUUUGAAGGCUGGUCAGUUGCUGCGACGCGUCGUCCUGCUGAAUCCGUACGAUGCCGAUCUGCGCCGGCAGUACGGGGACUGGUUGAUGGAGAAGAAUUUGCUGCUGGAGGCGAUUGUACAAUAUCAGGAAGGGCUUCGAAUAGCAAAAACACAUCAAUUAUCGGUAAUCGGAGCCUGCCGGACGCUGCGGAAGCUGGGACAACAUUCACGUCUACAUCAGCUGAUAUUGAGAUGGCAAUUUAUAGUGCGCUUAUCGAAUGGUGGCAUACCGAUACAGACGGAGAUCUAUCUUCGUGAUUGGAGCAUAAAGCACGAGCUGCGAAACCGGGCUAUGAUAUACGACACUGGCAAUGUAGCAGGUGGCGGAAGUAGCAGCAGCAGCAGCAGCAGCAGCAGCAGUAGCAGUAGUAGUGCAAGCAAUCCCUCCCACGGGGUGCACGGAAUGGGGCGCAUAGGUGAUUCUGGUAGAGAAAGACGCGACACCAUCGGUUCCAUUCCCGUAGAAGAUUGCGACUCCAACUUAGACACCGCAGCUACCCGUUCGGCACCGACGAGAGAAUCCGAAAUCAGUAUACAUAUUCUGCGAGCACCGCACUGCAACCGCACGGAUCACCUUCCGGGUUCGUUGAAGAAUUGUAAAAAAAUUCCCAAUUCCGCAGCAGCAUCAUAUUCCCCGUCACCGUUGAAAGCGUCAUCACCUUCAGCAUCAUUAGCAUCAGCACCUUCCGCCGCGUCGAGUCCCACCACCGCUGCCAACGAGCAGGGCGGCGAACGGAAGACCGCUCCACCCAGUGCAAAACAUAAAAAGUGGCCAAAACCACUACACAAGCACAAAGCGGCACCGGAACAGUUGGCACCGAACUCCGAAGGUCUGACGCCGCUGCUUGUGUCAAACAUGUUGGAUAAACUAUAACCGGAACUGGGCCCGGUAACCUGCGACUGCUGGAACACGCUACCUUCCGGCAACGAUUGUGAAUAGGUGCUGUGGAUUUUCUUUUUUAGAUACGAAAAUUUUCUUGUUUGCUUCUAUUGUUUUCACAAAAAUUCGGCUUACGUUGACGCUGGGAAACUGUCAAGACUGACUUGACAGGUAGUAGGUAAAACCAAAACAAAUGAAAGCAAUUUUUCGUCAAAAUGUCCAGGGAAGUAGAUACAGGAGGCAGUAUUAGUCGGCAACGGAAUAAGUAUUAUAGACGGUGCAGCUCGGUAUGGGUUUCGGGGUGCAUCACCAGUGCGGUAUGAAGUGGUUACAUAGGUUGAGGUUUGUCGAUUGUUCCGUUGGGUUGUUGGCAUGUUUGCGUGUUCUAAUUGAAAGUUGAUUUCAUCUGAUUCAGUUCACUGUUCGAACGCUUACUCAAUGAAUGGUUUCGGCUAGUGGUGUCAUUGGUGCCAAUUGUGAAUUUUGUAAAGAUGAAUUCACUUCUAUAACAAUUAGCACAAUUUUUUUUUUGAUUUUUUCUGACCAAUUUUGGUAAAAUAAUGAGGUGACUACUCAUUUAUCGAACGCAUUAGGAAUCGAAAAUUUGUUCCAUUCAGAACUCUAACUGUACUAGAAAAAAAUUGACAAACACAUUCAGAAAUGUGCGACUAUCAACAAUUAAAAAUCAACUUGGAAUUCAAUUCCAAGCGACUACAGACUUUGAGUAUUUGUUUUAUUGAUUGAACGUAAUAUUUUCAUAAGCUCAUAAGCGAAAAGUUUUUAGUAUUUCGUCUACAUUACAAUAGGUGAGUACUUGAUUCAUCUUUAUUUGGUGCAAAGAAAAGCCCGCCGGAGCUGAAAUAUACAAUCUUUGUUUCUCCAGUAGGCACAAAACCUCCUCAUCUGUUAUGUCAACAUCAUGGAAUAAUCCAACAGAUGCAGAUCAACAGUUAUCACAGUAUUAAAACAAAUUUUCUUUUUAAACUAAACAAACAUUUCAUUUACUGCAUUACGAUAGAAGUAAAAAUUAAAUACUUGGGAACAUCGAUUAAAUAGACGACACAUACUAGAAAAGCCUAAUUGUACACAGGAAUCUCAAUUUAGGCGCAAAGUCAGGGGUGUUUAAAUUAAAUUUCGCGUAAAUUAAAUAAAACAUCGCGAUCGUGAAGACUUUUUAAAUCCCAUUUGAUUUUAGUAUAAAAAAUCUAGCUACGUCCAUAUGCAAAAGCAUAUUUUACCAUCUAAUUAUAUUCUGAGACUAUAGAAAUUCGUAAGAGAUAUUCCAAGAUCCAAGAACUACUUGGAAUAUUGUCCUUCAGAACAAUGCCACGUUCCUCUUAAUAUUUGGAUAUUUGUGCCUCAGAAUAAUAUGGAUCACUAUUGACAGGUUGCAUUGAUUCUGCUUCAAAAUUGUAAAGCAGAAUUGAACUUUAAAUUAAGUUUGGGAGAAAAUUGGCGUUCCCCAAUUCAUGGGAUCAUGAAAAUUAUCUGGUAAUUAAUUUGUGGGGCUAUAUGCAUAACAUAGUGCUGUCUUGGUUUAUCAUAAUUGGCCGAAACACCGAUCAGCAGAACUUUUUUGAUGUGGAACACAUCUCUAUUUUCUAUAUAGGGGUGCAAAUAUGAAACUAAAGGAAAAAUACACGUAGAAAUGUGGUCAGGUUUUAAACGCUUACAGCUCAGUCUAUUUUGUAGCAAUUGUUAAUAUUAUUUAAUCAUUUGAUUGGAAAUAUUUCUAAGUUUAGAUUUGAAUGUAAUAAGCCACGUAUUUUUAAUUAUACAUGAUUGAAGUUUUGAUUAAUAGUAAGCGGUGACCUAUUUUGUCUGCUAAAAAUCUCCGGCAUCCCUAAUUUCCCUGCCAUACACUCUUACCAGCCGUUUCCUAAUUUUGGGUCAAAAUUUAGGUAUCUGUAAGUUUAGUACAAAUGUUAUGCCAUAACAAAGCACGCUACCCAUUUUUACCUUUCAACUCAAUGUUCGAGUAGAUAAAGACCAAAUUUUGGGUAGCUUAUAGAAAAGCUCGACACUGAUUGAUUUCACCUUAAAAAAUAGGUAGAAAUGAUUUUCAUUAUAGACGACGGUUUUGAAGGAGUAAGCGAUAUAUCAAAGGGGAAAAGGCCAUAAAACGAUUUGAAGCUUUAACUGGUAUGCUCUGAUCUUGUGUCAUUCUAGCUCGGAUGAAAUUCCAUGUUAUGUCGUUUGGCCUUAGAAAAUGACAACUACCCCAGGGUAAAUAUUGAGUGCUUAAGAUUAAUUUCUAAUUUACAUAAGAUGAACUUGAUUGAUAAUGAGAUAAAGUUUAUCGCUUCAACCGAAAUCGUAGAAUGGUAGAGAAACUUAACGCUAUAAAAAUAACUCUUUGCAUACAAAACUUGAACACAAGCUUGUCGAGAAGAAACUCGAAAUCCGUAUCUCAAGUAUGUAUAAAGAUAUAAUUGCAUACAUUUGAGAUAUUGAAUUAAUUUCGUUGGCUGUGAAACAAAUACAAAUCGAGACAAACAAUGUUCGGUGUUGGUUCCUAAUCAAGAUCAAUCUAAGCAAACUCUCGUGCAAUUGCGGAUUCAAAAGUGUGACGAUUGAUUGAACUGUUUGAUUGUAGAUCAUUAGAAAUUUUGAUUGCCUUGUUCCACAUCAAUGGCUCGAACAACCCCAUGGGGCUGAUCCUUGUAGUUUUUUCUAUAAAUUUGUAAAAAAAAAGAUUUGGGGUUUAGAUUAACAGCAAUCCAUUUAUAGAAAUUAUGAAAAUGUUAGGAGUACACACUUCGAGAAAAACCCUGUGAUUUUACAUCUAAUUAGAUGCACAUAAAUGGAGCGUCGCAGUUCACACAAAUUUAUAUGGAAGAACAUUUAAUAAGUCAAAAGUCAACAAAGUCUUGGCAUUACAUACCUUUGGUGGAAUUUGGCCUAUCUGUUUCAACAGACUUCGCAGCCGAUUCUUACUGUACAGAAUCAUUGCAUGGCUAGUACUAUGGAUCCUACUGACACUAAGAAUCCUUCCAGGUCGGGGCUCGAACAUACGACAACUGGCUUGUAAGACCAGCGUCCUAUGCAUUGAACCGCCAACCCGGGACAUUUACAUUUAAUAUUGUGUCUUGAAUUCCACGACAUAAAAUUUAUUUAAUAAAAAAAAUCUGAUGAUAGCGCCUCCGCCGUGACUUGAACCGGGAAUCAUUGGAUCGUGAAGUAUGUGUGUUGAUCGACUGAGUCACAGAAACACACAUCUUCCUGGCUGGUAAACGGUGUAUUUAAAUUCAUACAAUCAAGCUAAUCUAACAUUAGAUCAUUAUAAAAGAAUUCACAGUUCGCAAAAUUCUUGUGAUUUCACAUCUUAUCAGUUGCACAAAAAUGGAGCGUCAUAUUUCACACAAAUUUAUAUUCAAGAACAUGUAAAAUUCUGUGAUUUGAAAAUUGCAUGGCUUUAAAACGAAUGGAAUAAAAAAAUCAAAAGAUCAACAGCAACAACGCGACUUGAACCGUAAAACAUUAGAUCACAAAGCACACCAGUUAUAGUCGACUGAGCCACAGAAGCACAUAUCUACUUGGUUGGUAAAUCGUGCAUAUAAAUUCAUACAGUCUCACUUGCUAACCGAGUGCAAAUCACACUCAGAACCAGUAAAAUUCUGUACGAAUUGAAUAUUGCGUCAUUUGAGAAGUUAAGUAGUUAUGAAUUGUAUCGUUUGUAGAAUUAUGUCACCUGUUAAAUUCAUAAUUUUUCUCGGUGAAAUUUUCCGUUAUUUGACAAAUUGGGUCGUUAUGAAUAACAUAGUAUAAGGAUUCAGUUAAAUUCAGUUUUGUGGGUGUGUGUGUGUGUGUUUAUUUGGAGAACGUUUAUAAUAAAAUUUACAUUUCCAUCAAAUAACUGCACACCAAAAAAUGAAAUAAUACAGGUGACUUAUUUCCUCAUACGGUGUAAUUCAUAAAUACCUAAUCUGUCAAACGACGGAAAAUUGCAUUUGUAAUGACUUAAUGUUAGAUUAGCUUGAAUUUUACUGGUUUCGCCUGUAACUUGCAUUCUGCUAGCAGGUGUGACUGUAUGCAUUUAAAUGCUUCUUUUACCAGUCAUGCAGAUAUGUGCUUCUGUGGCACAGUCGAUUUACAGACGUACUUUGCGAUCCAAUGAUUCCCGAUUGAAGUCGCGUGGCGGUCGCUAUCAGUAUUCAUUUUUUUAUUUCAAUGAAUGUCAUGUCAUGUAAUUGGGGCACAAUAUUAAAUGUUCUUAAACGUAAAUUUGCGUGAACUGCGACGCUCCAUUUAUGUGCAUCUAAUAAGAAUCACAGGUUUGUUUUUUGAAGUGUGCAGAAACAAACUCUUGAAUUAUCGGAUUAAUUACCUUUCAUCAACACGCAUCCAUCAAUCAUUUAUUAGUAGGUAAUACAAUUUGACCGAUGAUUUUUGUUGAACCUACCCAAAAAAAUAAUGACUCGCCACAAAACCUAACCCAAUAAUCGAUGCUCAGCCGGAACCACGUAAUCCUUGUACAGCAGAAAAGAAACUUAAUCGAUAGUAAGUGAUAUAAUUCGAUAGGAUAACUAAACUUAGAGACCGUUAGAUUUAAAAUUAAAAAAAGAACUACAUUAGCCUAACAUAGAUUACGUGCUGAACGAUGUAAAAAUAGACCUACAUAUACCGUGUAAGGUAAGUGGAGAACAAAAUUUGAGAAAUCUGCGAGUGAGAACAAACAAAACAAAACAAACCAUAAACAACUUAAUUCAGUUACCGAAGCAGAAAAUUGACAAGCGAAAGACGUGCGAAGUUUGAGCGACGUGCGAUAGAAUAGAAUUUAUUUUUGUAAUGCCAUUACAGCAGCGGUAGAAGUUUAGCGAUGACUUGGCAAUAAUAAUCACAUUAUAGAGGAAGCAACUGAAAACAUACUGGAACCAUAAUUAGCUCAAGCCUGACCGACACAAAUAAGAGCUAAUGAUAUUUGCCAAGUGAUAACUUCUGUAGCAGAAUUGAACGCCGGAGACGGGGAAUGAACAAAACUAAGACUGUGAACAUAUACAUACAUUUAAACACAAUAAAUUGUACCAACUAUCGGUGUGUUUCCACGCCACCAUCGUUUAUUUCGUACCGCCCGUUAUCGUUUCCAGGAAGACAAACUUAGUAUAACAAUAUUUCCGUUAAAAAUAAUGAUACCGAGGAAACCCGAUAACAAUAAAAUCGCUCAUUUUCAUUCCGGGAUUUCCAGCGAUUCUGGUCGUUUCGAAGUUGACGAUCGCAACUUCGACAGCCGGACUAAAUGCAGGCUGCACUAGUUCUAGAAUUGGUUAGGCUAGAAGGGUCAUAAGCGCUGAGAAAAUAGCAUCAUAAGGCAACGAUUUACGAUUUGCAAUUAGGUUAAUUUGGCCCAAGCGAGAAACGGCAGGUUGACAAGUGUCUGCUGCGGGAAAUAUAAGCCCGCCCAAACGGCGAAUGAGAUAAUGAGGAACAUUAGACUGCUGUAGAACCGUGAGUGAGUCCUAAAUAAUGGGUGUUGAUGCAGUAGGUCUCCUGUGGAACCGUGUGUAUUUAAUGAAUGCUUGUUCCGAAUGCAUUAUAUUUACUUACCGUUAUUGCUAGGAAAGAUAACCCUAAACAAUUCAGUGAAACUAAUUGGAAGUGAGCCAAGCUCGUGUUUUAUUUUAAAAUUACAUGCGGCUCAUAAUUUAAGACUAUGCGGUUCAUGAUCAAGACAUGCUCAUCCAUGCAAAGCCUUGGUAUUACAUUCCUGUAGUGGAAUUUGACCUUCUGUUUCAGCAGGCUUCGCAGCCAAUUCAGAGUGUACAGAACCAUUGCAUGGCUGGUGCUACGAUUCUACUGACACUACGAAUCCUUCCAGGUCGGGGCUCGAACAUACGACAACUGGUUUGUAAGACCAGUGCCCUAUACAAUGCACCGUCAACCCGGGACAAUCCAUGCUGGUUCUAUUUUUUCCGGUUUUAUUAAAUUUGUUUCUCGUCGAAUAAAUUCCACAAAUCGUUUUUUUAGAACCCUAAAAAUAUUCCCAAAGGAUUAUGUGAAGUUUUCUUCAACGGAGUAUGUAAAUCUUUCCAAUAAAAAACCACUGUAACUUUGCUUGUUGUAUAUGUUCCGUUUCAUUUAAUUGUAUGGUAUAACAUGUUUGUCCUAAACAAGUGGUACUUUAAAAUAGAUGCACCGUUAUAAGUAAAUUUUUUUUUUAUGAAAUUUUUUUUUCAGGCCAAUUCGCGUACAAGCUUUACGUGGCCGAUUGAGCCAUGUUUUUAUUAGAUAAAAUAAUUUUUUUUCCAUUGGAUCUCGUUGUCACCCUUUUUCUAGGGGGAGAGGUGCUUCCAAUUUUACCUUGCGAUGACUAAGAGGAAUUUUGUUCGUGGCUCGUCACGUCAUCCAUUGCCGCAUCUGUGGUAUCGUUGUUGGUUUCCGUUUUUCCUUCAUUUUCCUUGUAAUUCGCACUCUUGGGCUCGUUGUUAGUUACUGUAGACGCGUCUUGUUGUACAUUGAUUGCAGUUGCUGGUUGGUUUGAUGGUGAAAUAGGAGUACUGCGCUCACUAGUUUCCGUUGUUGAACGGUUGACUUUGUCUUUGGUUGAAGAUGUUCUUUUCGCAGUUCCAGUGCAUGGUUUGCCGUAGCGUGCAGGUUGUUCUCAAAACUGACAUGUACCCAGUUGAUUUUCAUACGUAAUCAGCGUUUUACACGGAUGUGUCCCACCUUGACCACAAAUGAUGUAAGAUGGAAUUGCCUUACGUAGUUGCAUACGUACCACUCGCAUGCCAUUCCGAAUACCGGGGACAAAAUCCGCCAUACUUUCUUUUCGAUGGAAAGAACUUCACCGUACUACGACAUAUUUUCCCGAACGAACUGAUCGCUGGUCUGCGGGGAAGGUCAUGCACACGUACUUCUAUGGCAUUGUCCACCAUGUAUACAGGGAUUUUAUAUUUAACAUUGCCAUGAUCAACACUGUGCACCCCGUUAUUAACCGAAGCAAAUGCAAUUGCAUCUCUUUCACAUUUGAACAUAAUGUACACACAGUUAGACGUCUUGUUGAAUUGAAUCUCACUUACAUCAUUAACGUUUAGAUGCAUUCGUUAAGCAAGAUUUCAAUUUCUGUUGCUGCUGGUCUAACUUUGCAGCCCUUGAAAUCAAAACAAAUUGAAUUUGGUCUUGUAGGCCAAGUUUCAGGCUUUGUUAAAUCAUAUUUGCCUAUUUCGUACAUUCUAUUGUUCACUACACUCGACCGUAAGCAAUUGUCGACUGUGUCGGAUGAGAUGUAAACACUGACAAGUAAAAGUUGCAGCGAAACAAAGCAGUGAAAAGUGGCAAAUUACUCGCCUUUUACAAAACCGUGUGUAGUUCAAGUGACAGUGUGAUGAGAAUUUUUUUAAAUCACUCAAAUGAUGCAUUCACAUUACAAAAUAUUACAAAUCUAGUUUUGAUGCGUUCACAUUACAAAAUAUUACAAUUGAUGCUAAAAAUGUUUCUCAUCCGAAAUUCACGGAAGAGUGUUUAGUUUUGGGUUGCACAUCUAUUUCUCAUUUUUUCGUUCUACCUUAUGCUCUGAGUAUGUCAUGGCCAUUACCAAAAUAGAUACAGUUUUGCAGUGAUCGGCGCUGAGCGAAAUUUCCCAAGAGAGAAUCUCAACUUGAAAAUACUCGCAAAACAUCCAAUCGAUGAUUCUUGAAAAUUCUCGCAGAAGAUCCAAUCGAUGAUUCGACCUAAAGAUUCUCAUACUAGGUUGAAGCAUUUCAGAACCCGACAUAUUCAUGACAGUAAUUAUACAGAGGCCCCCUCUUCUAAUGUAUCUUUUGGAAAGUCAUUUCAAAUAUCAAAUAAAUUCAAUUGAUGAACACAUCAAAAAAUAAAUAAAAUUGUCAUUAUUUCUGGACGAUUUUACGAAUUCAGACCGACAUGCAAGUUCGAAAAAUUUCAUAUUAAAAACACUUGAUGCACCCCUUUCUAUCUAAAAAAUAUUCUUAUAACAAACUCUAAAGAGCUACAGGUACCUGUGACAAAUUUGGGAAGAACCCGUUAAUUUAUACUGGAUUUGUACUGAAACACACAAACAAAAUCGCCAUACAGUCCCAUACAACAGACAGAUCAUUUGCUCCCGCACUGGUGUUCAUUCCAUGUUCGAUGAACCGUGCCUGUUUUCUGUUGGUGAGAUGAUGUUUUUCUCUCUUCGAUGGCACUAAUUGAAUCAUGUGAAGAAUUGACAGAGAGCGUGUUUUUAAAUUAUAAAUUGUUUUAAAUAUGGUAUGGAUCCGACUUCCGGUUCCGGAAUUACAAAGAAAAAUGUGCGAAAACUGACACAAAAUUUGCACACACUUUUUUUCGAAAUGGCUUGACUGAUAUUAAUAAACUUUAACUCAAAUGAAAGGCAUUACGGUUCCAUAGGUUUUUUUUUAUGUGGAUCUGACCUUCGAUUAAGGAAUGAUAGAGUGAUGAGUGUAAAAAUUGCAAAAAUAUACUGAAUUAUUUCUUCUAGUUUACAGGUCUUGAAAGUUGAAGACCUUACGAACUCACAUCGGAUAUAGUGGUUCUCGGAAUCCGGGUCCGAAAGUACUGGAAAUACUACAUAGAACGCUAUAGAAUUUUAUCCGAAUCCGACAUCCGGUUCCGGAACUAUAGGUUAAAGUGUCUUUAUAGUUGCAAACCGUCAUUUAGAGCGACGAUGUAAUAGAGGAAAAAAUUCUUCUAAAUUCAGCUCCAAACUAUUGCAAUUUGUAGAUUAUGAUAGUUGCUUACUAAAGGAACCGACUUCGGCUAUCCUGGUUCCCUGUUCCUGGAAAGAUAGGAAAUAUUGAUUUUCUUAGAGAUAGCUGUAAUUUUCACAAACUUAAGCUCAAAUGAAAGGUUUUGUGUUCCCAUAAGCUACUAUUAAAUUUCAUCCGCAUCUGACUCGCGGCUCCGAACCUAGAGAGUUAAGUGUGUAGAAAAUUUCAAACCUUCACUUAGAGCAAAGCUGCAAAAAAUGGUAAAAUUCUUCUAAAAUUUAGAAUAAUUUUUUAACAAAUGCAAAAGGUUUUGGUGGCUUAUACCCAAACAUUUUAAUUUUUAUUCAAGUUUUAAAUAAAACUUUUAGGAAGAAUCGUCAAAUGAUAUUUAUAAAAGUAAGUAGUAUGAGCAAGGUUCAGUGAUUAAAUCAGUUUUUUAAAUUCUAACCGAAACAAAAAAGUACGGGUGUGUAAUGUCAGAGACAUAACUGGAUGUCGUGAAUACGAAAAAACUGAAAUGCUUUCUUUUUACUUUCGAAUAUCAAUUAGUUGAUUGAUUAUGUGAAUUGUGCCAGUUUUCCCUUUCUUCACUACUAUAAUUUGAAAGAUGCACCUAAACUGAGUCGGUGCUAUGCAUUUUAUAUAGAAAAUCAGCAGAAAGUUCCUACAACUUCAAACUAAACUGUUUGAAAAAGGGCCGUAUAUAGUAAAGUGAAAUUUCGCAAAGUUCAUUGGAAAUAUGUUGAUGGUUCUAAAAAGAACCGAAUCGAAGAGUUCAUGAAUUAGGGACUGAACCUGAGUGCUCUUGACAGAAUUAAGUUGCAACUUAGUUCUUGAAUGAGUUGGCAGUGCAGGCUCUGAAUUCUAAACCUGUAUUCUGGAACUAAGUUCCUGAAACAUAAUUUUGAAACUAAAUUCCUGACCUGACACCUGUCAACCGAAGUCCAAAUGAGAGCUUGACCUCAGCAUUUCAUGCUCUAAACUUGGUUUGUUCUUACUGAUGUCGGUGGGAAAACCUCACCUCGACAUGCAGUUCCGUCUGAAGCACUAGAAGAAAUAAACGAUUUUCAAUCAAAGUUUACCAGUCAUACUCGUCCAGUAGAUAAUCGGAACUGAUAUGUGCCUGACUACCUCAAAACCGUCGUACGGGAGCGAAAAAAGCAAACAAGCGUGAUGAAUUUUCCCCAUUAUUUUCAGUUUCAGAAAACUCUGUUUUUCAGUUAUUUAUGGUUAUCUCACGCUUUUGAAAAUUUAAUCAUAAACUCCUGAUUAUAUUUCUGAUAAAUGGUAGAGAAAAUUGUGUGGCUGGGUUAAGUACAUCAAGAGAUAUUCGCGAUAAUUCACGACGAAAAAACUACCGAACCAUUCUUCAACUGAUAUCACUAAAAUCAUAGAAGUGUGCAGUAGUUAUUUGACAGUUCAGCUAAAAUUGACAAACAUUUGGUAAUCAAAAACCGAAUUGUGCAAAAUUUUCUCAGUAUGUGGUUGUGUGAAAUGUGCGAGUCCUUUUAUAGGUACAUUUUAGGUACUCACCUGAUGGCGCUUUUGGUGUCACUGAUAUAAAAGAGCGCCAUCAGGUAGUAGUACUACUCGAAUCUCAAAGUUUCAACACAUGGACUGAAAAGUCCACGGCCUUACAAAGAGAAUACGACUUUUUGGUUCAAAAUUAACUUUAGUCAUCAGCGUAUUCUCCAUCAAGAGCAAAGUAAUCACUCUAGCGCAGCUCUAACAUUUCAAUCAAGGAUCAAGCUCUAACAUUUCAAUUAUCGUAUCAAAGAAUGCUCACUCUUCAUUCUUUACACGAAUGAAUCAGUGCCAUCAAAAAGAGACUAAUAUCAUCGCAACAAACAAACACCCGGCAUGGCUCAUUUAACAUAGAAUAGACACCAGUGCGAGAGCGAAUUUUUUUCGAUGACAUUUCUGAGAAUCAAAGGUUAGCACGCUGCUGUGGGGAUCCUCUCUGAAGCAACAAACGGUCGCUUAUUCUCGUUUCGCGAUCCGAUUCUGUAUGGGCAGUGGAUAAUUGCGAUAGAAUCAUUUUACUAUUGCCGCUUAUUCUAACUAUGUGCAUAUAACCUUUGUAUAAGUUGUGUCUAUGAAAAUGUAUGUGAAUGCUCCACACAAGGGUUUUGAAAUAUUGCAACCUAGUGUGAGAAACAUCAAGUUGAACCAUCGAUUCGAUUUUCUGCGAUAAUUGUCAACUUGCGAUCCUCUCUUGGGAAAUUCCACACAGCAACGAUCAUUAUCAGACUGUAUUUUUUUUCAAGGGCCGUGAAAUACUCAGAGUAUAAAGUGGAGCGAAGAAAUGUAGAAAAAUUCUCUCGCGGUUCAUGCAUUGAAUGACUCGAGUUCUUAUAGGAUCUUCUACCGGAUUGAAAAUGUUGUAUACAAUAUAGAGAGCAAUAUAGCAGUUUCUGUCAAAUUUUCGGCAAUCACCAACACUGAUUUCAAUACUACUUUUGUAGAACGAUAUAUCUUUUGCCUCAGAAUAGGCCUCAGUUUCAGUGAUAACCUUUUCAUUCGUGCGAAAUGUCUUACCGGCAGCAGGUCUGUGAACAGCCAGUAGUCGCUGGGAGUCAAAUCUGGCAAAUACGGUGGAUGUGGGAUCAGUUCGAAGUUCAAUUCAUGUAGUUUUGCCAUUAUUUUGAUUGACGUGUGACACGGUGCGUUGUCUUGAUGAAACAAAAUUUGUUUCUUUGCCAUAUUCGGUCGUUUUUUUGCAAUUGUAGCAUUUAAAUGCCCCAAUGAUGCUAUAUUAUAUUCACUGUUAAUGGUAUUUCCUUUCUCAAGAAAGUCGAUAAAUAUCACAUCACGCACAUUCCAAAAUACCGAGGCCAUAACCUUUCCAGCCGAUUGUUGUGCUUUCGGGCACUUUGGACGAAGCUCACCAGUUACUGUCCACUCACAUGACGAUCGUUUUGAUUCCGGAGUGAAAUAAUCAAUCCAUGUUUCAUCCAUUGUCACAUAUCGACGUAAACAUUCCGGUUUAUUACGUGUACACAUGCCCAAACACUGCCCAGAAUCAUCAUAACGUUCUCGUUUUUGGUCAACAGUGAGCAAACGCGGCACCCACUUUGAACAGAGCUUCCUCAUAGUUAAAUGCUCAUGCAAUAUAAAGCCAACAUGUUCUUUUGAUAUCUUUACGAUGUCAGCUAACUAACGCAGCUUCACUUUUCAAUCAUUCAAAAUGAUUUUUUGUUUUUUUUAUGUUUUCUGGUAUUACCGCCUCAUUUUGGACGUCCACUGCGUUCUGCAUCAUCGAUGUUUUUACGACUAUGUUUGAAGUCAGCAAACUAACUUUUUAUUGUUGUUUCUGAUGGAGCGGAGACUCCAUAAAAUUUUUCAAGCCAUUGCUUAGCUUGAACGUUAUUUUUUCAUCAAGAAGCAGUGUAAAAUAAAUAACGUAACCGACAAAACGUGUUGUUUUUUCACCACGCAAGUUUCUCAGAGAUGGCUGAACCGAUUUUAACAAAUCUAGGCCCGUUUGAAAGCUACUGUUAGACCAUUGAUCAAAUUCGAAGAUCAAAUGGCUGUGACUUUUGGUUCCGGAGAUAUGAUGGUAUAAAUAACGUAACCGACAAAACGUGUUGUUUUUUCACCACGCAAGUUUUUCGGAGAUGGCUGAGCCGAUUUCAACAAGCCUAGGCAUGUUUAAAAGCUAUUGUUAGGCCAUUGAUCACGUUUGAAAAUCAAAUGGCUGUGACUUUUGGUUCCGGGGAUAUGAUGGUAUAAGUGACGUAACCGACAAAACACGUUUUUUACCGCUUUAAUGUAUAUAAGGGUGCCAAUCUUUUGGGAUCACCUCUAAUUUCGUAAAGCGAUACUGUUCAAAAGUUUAAGCACCUCGAGAAAAGUCCUCAUGCAAAAUUUGAGCUAAAUCGCACAUGGGUAACGGGUGCUGCCCAGCGGUUAAAGUUUGAAAAUUUUCGAUCUUGAAAAAGCACCAUAGGGGGGAGUACAUGAAAUUUCCGAAAUCGAAAUUUGUUUUGAUGCCAAAAAUCUUAAAAUUGCAUGAAACGUCGAGGUAUAGUGUUAUUUCUUAAAUUUUUUUUUUAAAGAUCGACUUUCUGGGUCUUAGAAAAAUUUUGAUAUUUUUUUUUAGUCCCAGAAAGUCGAUCUAAAAAAAAUUUAUUUUUCGAGAUGACACUAAAUCUCGACGUUUCAUGCAAUUCUAAGAUAUUUGGCAUCAACAUUUUGUUUCGAUUUCAAAAAUUUCAUGUACUCCCCCCUAUGGUGAGUUUUCAAGAUAUAUGAAAAAUUUUACUAAGUGGACUAAGAAGGGUUUUUCAGAUUAGCAUCUCUUUUCUCAUACAAAUAGGCAACACAAAUGUCAAGCACUAGGUUGGAAAAAUGAUGCUGACUGUGUGACAUAAACACUGAAGAAUGCUUUUGUGAACAACUCUAAUCAAUCUGAAUCAAUUAUUGUCAAAAUUAGUCUCCGAAAUUGUUUAAUAAAAGUAUGAAAUAUACUUUUUUGAGACUGUUAUGAAAAAUGAGAAAGGCAUUAUCACACCACUAGGUGGAUUAAGAAGGGUUUUUUGAUUCACCUUCAAAAGAAAUGUUUAAAUUUUACGGAGGAAAUCCACUACACAAGAUUCUAAAUAUACAAGAACAAUACAAAAAAAACUGAGUUGUUUGAACUUCAUGACUAAAUAUUUAUUUGAAGGAGAAAAGCCUAGCCCAUGAAGACUUUUUUGCAUUUAUCUGUAGAAUAAAAUUCUAGUAUUUGAAUAUUAAUUUUUCAUUUAUAACUUGAUGUUUUGUAAAUGCCUAAUAUUUGUUUUAGCUGCAGCAUCUGAAUAUUUAAAAAUGCACUAGUGGCACCUACAAGUAUGAGAUUUUAUAACAGGUCUGAAAAUAAUUAAAAAGGUUACACGUCCGAAUAUUAUUUUUUCAGAUACUCAAUUCUUGAGUAAGCAUUAUUUUUAUUCCAAAUAACGUAUAUUUUUUAAGUGCCCAGUUGCUAUCUUACACCGUCAAUUACAAUUAAAAGUUUCCGAACAACAACGAUAUGAAGAUAGUUCAUGCCAAAAUACGUUUGCCCUUAUUAAACAUCAGUCUUAAGUCGAACCGGUCUCUCCAUCUGAAGACGUGUCCGAAGUUUUAUCCAAAUCGGAGCAAGUCGAUCCUAAGUUUGCCAUCUUUUCGGUAAUUACUUUCUAGGAUUACUCUUGGUUUGCAUUGACUAUCGGUGAAAGCAUUGGGUCUUUUUCACGACCAACUCCGAUAUUCUCCGCACUAUUAGUGUGAAGUUUAUUAAAGCGAAUACCGCAAAUAUCCGAAAAUAUUGGCUUCAUAUUCGAGCACUGUGCACUAUACAUUGACAUAAUGCCCCAUUGGGAAAAAAAAACACAAUCAUCCAGUAUUAAAGCAACCCAUUACCCGUGUGGCAUUAUUUUCACGAACAAAUUCCCACCAGCCCGUCCGUCAUCCUCAGGCUGCAGACAAAUGGGUGGAGGUGGGAAUUUCAUUGCACUAAGCAGACAAGAAUGCAGCUUCGCGAGUCCUUGCCACUUCAAUGGCAGCUUGUCUCGACUCGAGUAGCAUCCUGAUGAGUAUCCAUCAGUAGCAUAUGGGACGGUUUCCAUAUUUUUCCUCAUAUACAUCCAUGCACAUGCCGAGACUUACGGGACAAAGUGCUGUCGUUCUUCCUCCUUCUACUGAGUGCGUCAUUCAAACAUGCGUGCACACAAUACAAAUCAACGUGUAUAUUUCCAUGGUGAAGAGCCGUUAUCGGUCGAGUGGAGUUUUGUUUGGAGGAGGCAUGCCAAAGAAUUCCUCGAAUGACUGCCGGCUAAGGGUGAUCUGCUCAUUUGACGACAUCUCGUAGGACGUGUGUUUUGACAACAAAUGCGAACCUUGAAGGUGAACUGCAUGGAUGGGCUGUCUUCCUUUGUGUUCGACUGGAGUUUACCCCGUUUUCCAGCACAGCACAAGCGAAGUGCAUCUUUUGAUUUAGGUGCAUACGUGGACCGGCUUUUGUUUGAUAUGACGGUAUCCCUUAAAAGCUAGUGAAUAAGUGAUGAGCUCUUGUGUGCCGUCGCAAGGUACAACAAACAAAAUGCCAUAUAUCAAUGUAUUCGCAGGACCAUGCAAUUGAAACGUAGGGCGUGUGUGUCAGCUUAAAAGCUUUCCGCUUCACAGCCACCCGUUCGCUUCCGACUCGAGUCACGUCUAAUGAUCAAUAUUCCUCAUUCAUCACAUUUGUCUCGCUUGGCCGACGGUACGCUAUGCAACGAACCGACUGAAAUUCGCAAUAUAUUUUUUGUUUGUUUUGUUUAAUUUACGAUUGAAUUAAAAUAAACGAACUUUUUUAACCCGCAAAUUUGGGGCAGUGAAAUUAAACGAACUGUAAAUAUGAUGUACGAAAUAAAAACGAUAGAAACUAAUGAAAAUCCGAUAUGAGCUGCAUAUUCACGGAUCAGAAAAAAAGGCUAAACAGAACCGACAAAAAAGACCGAAUUUAACUCAAAUAACAUAAAACCAUGCAACACAAACACAACGUAUUUUCAUCCUAAAUCUGUAGAUGUACGACCGUUAUGUUACACACACUGAACAAAAAAAAACAAGGUGUGCCAGAUAUGUGCAGGAAUGCGGCAAGGAUUGUUCUACAAUAAAACAAAUUUUCAUUUCGGACUAAUGAAUCGAACCAAAAUGAAAAAAAAAACACGUGCAGACAGCCAGCAACAUGUGCUAAACAAAUGAAAUAUAUUCAUUUUUAAACCCAUAGCAACUGAAAAAAAUACAGAAAAAAAACAAGCAUAAAAUAGUAUUUUAUAAAUAAAUAAUUGAACAAAAAUCGAU